UUUUAAAAAAAAGGGGGAAGGAAGGCGGAUCCACGUGGUUUAAUCGGAGACAGACAGAGGUCCCAUUGUUCAAAAUCAAUAAAAAAAGAGAGGCAGACAGAGGAAAGGGGGGGCGAAAGAGACGCGGGGGGGACAAGAAGACGGCGAUGUGGGCAACAUCGUAAACUGGGUUUUUAAAAAAGAGAAAUUUGCAAAAAGAAGAAAAGAAGCAGCAGCUCCGGUGAUUAGCCUUCCCCCCCCCCUUUGCACCCAGAAAAGAAAGAAAAGACGACUGGAGAGAAAGAACGCUAAAGCAGGAAACAAAGAGAUACGUUAAAAAGGGGGGUGCCAAGGGAAGAAAGACUCAAGGAUGCCCAGGCGGAAGGCAACAGCGGCAGCCUCCUCCACGGCCUGGGACAGUGCCAGCUCAGGCAAUGGUACCCGCAAACGGCCAGUCUCGACCCGUGGGGUGUCCUUUCCAGCCAAGAAGAAGACUCGCGAUGUUGGAGGAAGUAGCAGCAGCAGCAAUAACGGGGGCGGUGGCAGCAGCGGUGACGAACGGGACGGCAUGACGUUGCCCCCUGCCACGGCCACACCAACGGCAGCAGGAGUGGGCAAGAAAAUGGCCCGGUCUGGAGGAGGAGGAGGAGGGCGUGGGGCGGCGGACCAGCAGCUCCACCAGAACCAGCAGGCUACAGUGGUGGUCAAUGAGCCAGAGCACAGCAAAGAACGCAUUAAACUUGAAGGGUCCAAGUUCAAGGGGCAGCUUUUAAUAUUUGGAGCAACCAACUGGGACUUGAUCGGCCGGAAAGAAGUGCCUAAGCAGCAAGCUGCAUACCGUAACCUGGGCCAGAACUUGUGGGGGCCCCACAGGUAUGGAAGUCUCUCAGGAGUCCACGUCCGGACAGUGGUUUCGGGACCAUGUGCUGCUCACAGUCUCCUUAUCACCACCGAGGGGAAGCUCUGGAGCUGGGGACGUAAUGAUAAAGGGCAGCUGGGCCAUGGAGAUACCAAACGAGUGGAUGUGCCUAAGCCCGUUGAAGCUCUUAGCAAUGAAAUUGUUGUUUCAGCAGCCUGUGGACGAAACCACACGCUAGCCCUCACAGAAAAUGGUUCUGUGUUUGCUUUUGGAGAGAACAAAAUGGGGCAGCUAGGCCUCGGCAAUCAGACAGAUGCAAUUCCCAGCCCCACACAGAUCAUGUAUAAUGGCCAGCCGAUUACCAAGAUGGCAUGUGGUGCUGAAUUCAGUAUGGUGAUGGACUGCAAAGGAAACCUGUAUUCAUUUGGAUGUCCUGAAUAUGGACAGCUAGGGCACAACUCAGAUGGGAAGUUCAUCGCCCGUGCCCAGAGGAUAGAGUAUGACUGCGAACUGGUUCCCCGUCGUGUUGCCAUCUUCAUAGAGAAGACAAAAGACGGUCAGAUCCUGCCUGUUCCAAAUGUAGUAGUGAGAGAUGUGGCCUGUGGAGCAAACCACACACUUGUCUUAGACUCACAAAAACGUGUCUUCUCGUGGGGUUUUGGUGGCUAUGGGCGACUGGGCCAUGCUGAGCAAAGGGAUGAGAUGGUACCACGUUUAGUGAAGCUUUUUGACUUCCCAGGUCGCGGUGCUGCACAAAUCUAUGCUGGUUACACUUGUUCCUUCGCAGUCAGUGAAACAGGUGGCUUGUUUUUCUGGGGGGCUACAAAUACCUCCAGGGAAUCCACAAUGUACCCCAAAACUGUGCAGGAUCUUUGUGGCUGGAAGAUUCGCAGUCUGGCUUGCGGGAAAAGCAGUAUUAUAGUGGCCGCAGACGACAGCACAAUCAGUUGGGGCCCAUCUCCGACCUUUGGAGAACUGGGCUAUGGAGACCAUAAGCCGAAGUCCUCAACGGCAGCUCAAGAAGUGAAGACUUUGGAUGGGAUUUACACUGAGCAGGUGGCCAUGGGCUAUGCGCACUCCCUGGCAAUCGCCCGGGAUGAGAAUGAAGCUGAGAAUGAGAAGCUCAGAAAGCUGCCAGAGUACAACCCUCGCACACUCUGACGUAGGGCGUGGGUCUUUCCUGCACGCGCGCGCGCACACACACACUCUCUCAGUGAGGCAGCUGCCGUGUCUGACUGUGCCCUGGGAUGCAGAGCUGUAUGCGAUAAGGUUAUGGACAUCAACUUGUGGGUUUUUUGUUAGGCUACCCAGGAUUUCUGGUUUUCUUUUUUAUAAGCGAUUUGAAGUUUUAACUACCUGUUACCAUGGCUCCUUACCCAACACAUGCUUUCUUGAUGAUGGCUUUUUUUGUUUUUUGUUUGUUUGUUUUUGUAUUUUGUGUUUUGUUUUAUUUGGGGCUGAGGGUGGGCAAGGGAGUAUGUGGAAGAGAUCUGCUCGUUGUCUGGAAUAACUGUUCUAGCGAAAAUGGCAGAACCGUUUAUCAAUAUUUCCUUUCCCUCUUGCUUAUACCAAUUUCAGCUAUGCUAAACAGUGGACCAGCCUAUAAGAAGGAUGGAAGUAGCCCUUUCUCAGCUGCAGUGAAUAUUCUUUUUCAAGAAACAGCCUGAAAUCUGUAUUUUGUCCUUAAGAAAUCAGGCCUGAUCCAGAAGCUGUUUGCUAAUUAUGUAGUUCUACCCUUCCAUCCUUGUCUGUUUGAACAUGUUGGAACUCAACUUCCUACAGGGACACAGCCCCCUGGAGAUGUAUACUAGCUCCUUGGCAUGGUUCAUACUGGCAUUUUAAGGUUGGAAUUUACAUGUUUUUUUCAUGUUUGCUUCAAGGUAAGCAUUACGUCUUCCUAUAUAUUUGUGUAUGGCAAACAGUUCCUUUUGGCUUACUCAUGGAUCGUCAAACAUCGUGUAAUUAAUCCCCCCCCUUUCUGUCCGAGGAACGGAUCCCUAUUGAGAGCAAAGGAGUUUUAGCUUCUAAUUAUCAGGUCGGUCAACCACAGGAGGGCGCCUUUGGAUAACAGCAUCACAUCAAGUACAAUAAACUUGUGUUUGCUGGCUCAGAAAAUUAAAGAGAACCUUGCCUUUUAGUUGAAGAGGGACUCCCCCCCCUUUUUUUUUCUCUUUCUAGCAGGCAAAGAAUCCUGAUCCAGAUACUUGAACUGAAAGAAUCUCCAUUUUCUCCCCCACAGAUCUCUUCUGUUUUUGUUCUGUCUUUACAGAUCAUUGUGAAAUAAUGGCUUAAUGGGAGGAAAUCCUGCACCCAUUUGUGGUGCUUCAGGUUUCCAGCAGUUUAGCAUCCCUUAGAGCUCCCUAAUUCCAUGUCUGUGGGAACCCCUAAUGUAAGGAGUGCUGGGCAUCACAGGUUCAGUGCCAGGCCUUUGGAAUAUUUGUUUUCUUAUGUUACAUGUGCUCAGCUUUUCUUGAAAAAGGAUCAAAACAGAAGUUACAAAAGGUUUACAGUUCUCCCACACCAGGCCCAGAGGUCUGGAUAUAUCCUGUACUUGCAUCCCCACGGCAAACCUAUUAAAUACCAGCUAUUUCUUAUGUUCCCAAUGUCCUGUUUCUUGUAUUGGAGAAAUUUGGUGCCUUGUAAACAGAACACACUGCUCUGUGUCAGUGUAAGCCCAAUCUUUUCUUUAAAAAAAGUAUUCCUAUGUCUCCGUUUCCCCACACACAGCCUUCAUAGCAUUUCUGUCAGAUAAAUAUCUACAGAGGCAAAUGUGUAAGUUCAGAAUUUUGGGGUUAUAUGGGAAGACUGAGUAGAGCUAAAGAGGGGAAGGGGAGAUGCUGUUUAUUGCAUUAUUAUUUGCCUUUGGGGUGGAAGAAGUUUGGAUUAAAAUGUAUACACACAGUUUGCUUGUAUUUAUGCUCCUGUUAUCUGUUUAGGCCAGGUUUGUCCAAUAUGUUCCCUUACCCCAACACCAUGAUUUCUGACACACACACACAAUUACUAAGAUCUGAAUCUGAAACAGAAGCACCUUGAAAAGAAGACAGCUAACUGGACCAUACUUGGGAAUAAUUUAUUUUGAGGGGGAGGGGGAAGUGGAAGGGAGAAGACAAAGGCAUAUUCCACCUUCACCAAAGAAAAAGUGUAUAUGUCCAUGUGUGUUAAGUAAAAGACUUGUUUGGGCACACUGCUUCCUGUCCAGCAAAAAUUCUCCUGACGACUCCUUUCUUUUGUGUCUUUCUCCUGGCCUAGAGGAGGAGGACUCACACAAAAAAAACAACCUUGGUUUUACACAAGGUGGGAAAUUUUCCUUGGCCUACUGCUGUCACCCUUGCUUAUUGUCCUCUCCCCUUUUUUUAUAUUUCUCAAAAUAAAUGUUUAAAUAAACAAUGGAAUUGA